CCACUGUGUGUGUCCAUUUUUCUAUGCAAAUUUGCUUUAUAGGGCCCAUCUCAGCUAUCUGUUGCAUGAGAUAGCCCGGUAGUUACCAUAGUAGCCCAGCCUGUAAAAUCAAACAGCAGAUGGAGAAUGAUGUGCACUCAACGCUACAGUGAAUCCAGCUCUACAGCCUGGAACCCGGCUAACAAAUGCUGUGUUAUGUGAUCGAGCAGAAACUUGAUGAACGUAUGAGGCGUGGAGCUGUUCACCUUUCCUAAAGAAUACUGCAUAAUCACAGAGUCAGAGAGAUAAGUGUGGAGUCCAUCCACUGAUGAGAGAGAGCUCAAUAUUAGGUUUCUGCUCGAUCACAUAACACACCAUCUGCUUUGUGGAGAGGGAGCUGAAUGAGGGAACUCACAAAGACAACUAGACCCUCUGUUACUCAUGAGCUGGACUUGUGUACCUGAAAGGGAGUUUAGACUGCUUCAUCUCAACCAGGACUCAGACAUUGUAGUUGAACAAGACCUCAUAACAAUACAAAAAAGAGGUUUUACAGGGUGGUUUAAAGUGUAUGCAUGUUUAACUGGUGAGCAAAAUUAUCCUCCAGUGCGGCUGCCAUCGUACUACUGGGACUGUCUAAUGAGAGUAACAAAUAUCAGUGGUUCUGCUCCCAUUUCAGCCCACUCAGUAGUUUUCUUCCUGUAAUACCAAGCCUGAUUGGUCCUCUACUUUUCUGCUAGGAAAGAAUGUUGUUGUUCCCAUGACUACCACAUAGUCUGGGCUACGCAGGAAUAUAAUGACAAUAGCAGUCUCUCUUUUCGUUCUCUCUCACACACUCAUUACCUUACACACACUUGCUCACUGUUUUUCUGCAUUUCUCCUUGUCUCCUGGUCCAGCAUCAGUUGAGUGCAUUUAUGUCAGAUUUUAAUUGACUUGAAAAGAUGGAUGUCUUCUAAUGUCGAAAACUAUAUAUAUAUUCUCUGGUUAUUUCCCUUGAAUAUUUAACUUCCACUAUACAGAUUUUUUUUUUUCUCUGUGCUUCCCUGAAAAUUGAGGUGUGCAGGAACGAGCAUAAAACUGGGACAUCACAAAGUAUGGGAAGCCUGUAUAUAAAUUAUACAAGCUUUACAUGGACACACUCGAAAAACUCCAGAGCACAUACACUGCACACUUGACAGUAAUGAAUUCAGACAGGGGGCCCAGGGGAAAGAGACUAUAUGCGGCCUUCUAUUAAUUACCUCCUUGACACACACACUCUGUGCAGAAAGAUGCAAACAUGCACAUAUACACUCCACCAGUGUCACACCAGCAGAUAAGCAUACACACACAUACACAUGCAUACACACACAUAAAUAUAUGAUAUAAUGAAUUCCUGUUGUAAACUUGUUCUCUAACUUUCCCAUUACUGAUAUCUUUGUUUCCUUUUCUUUAGCUUUAAAUUACGCUAUUCAGUAUUCUAACUUUAUUCCAAGCACUCUGUCUCUCUCUCUCACACACAUCAUAUAUGCUCAUACUGAUAUGCACAUUAAGCACCACACACACACACACAAACACACAUUUGUGCUGCACAUUUGCGGUGGCAGCACUAAUAAAUAAACAGAUUACAUUCGCAGUGGACAAAUAAGCCUGAAAAUAAAUUAACGUUGGGAAAGCUGCCUUAUGCAAAGAACAAACACAUGCAGAGUGAAGAAGAAAUACACACAGGCUCAGCAUCUGAAAACAAACACUGACCUACAAAAAUUUACCAACAAAGAGCAACAUACACAUGUACAUACAUUCAAACACACUGCUGUAUACACACAUGAAUGGAGAUACUGAAAUAUAAUAUAAAUAUUUAUAAAUAUAGAUCUUUAAGGCACUUAGUCACAAAUACAUGAGCCAGACUUUAUCCCAGUCACAAAUUCCAUCUAUAUUAGUUGUGCUAGGUUGUCAAUGAGCUUAAUCUUAACAGCUUUUUUUGUAUGUUUGCUGGAUUUUCAUGCUUUUUUUUUGAGCAUACAUUAUAAUACUAACAAGCACAAACGGUGUAAUUCAUGUUGAUCACCAAGACAAACUCAAUGUAUCACUGGCUCAACUGUAUUUGUACUUUCACAUUUGAAUUAUGUGUGAAGAAAUGCAUAUACUCUUGUAAGACAAUGAACUUUGUUUUUGAGAAUGUCACAGUUUUUUGAGAGUCAUGAUUUUCAAGCCAUUAGAAUUUGAAAAAAACACAUUUAGAAUUUUUAGAAUUCUGUUUUGGCUUUGACGUUAGAAUGUAAAUGUGUCAGAAUGAUGUCACAAAGACAACUCUAUAGAUAAAGGCUUGUAGACAAAAUCUGGUCAGUUACCUUCUGGUUACCUUCAGAGUAAGAACACAGUUCAAUCUUCUGUAUACCUACUCAACUUAGAUAGUAUUUGGAAACAUUUGACUGCAAAAAUGUCUUCCCCAAUUACAACCACAGAUAAGGAAAAUGAAAAGAACAAGGAGAUAGCACCUGUACCAUUUCAGGUACAAAAGCAUGACAUACUCUCCAACAAGUCUGUACGCUACCUUGUAUUGGAUUUUAAUGGAGAAGGACAUUUUGGCAAAGUCGCCAAGUGUGUGAACUUAAAAACAUCCGAGACUACGGCCAUCAAGAUCCACAAAAAAAGUGAAUAUCACAGCCUUCAAAGAGAAGUGGGAAUGCUGGAAGAACUCAGGGCCCUUGACCCAGAGAAGAAGAACUUGGUGAGAUUCAUAGACAGUUUCAUGUUCCAAGACCUGCCUUGCCUCGCCUUUGAGAUGCUGGACAGGAGCCUUUGGGACCUGAUGAAGGAGAGAGAGAUGCAACUGACUCUCAAUGAAAUCCGCCCCAUCACACAUCAGCUACUUGUAGCAUUAGAAGCCCUGAAAGGUAUCGGGAUCGUUCACACAGACCUGAAACCUGACAACAUCAUGCUUGUCAACCACCAGGAUCAGCCCUUCAGGGUGAAAUUAAUCGACUUUGGUUUGGCCCUUCCAGCAUCCAAAAUAUAUAUUGGAAUGAACGUGCAAACUCGUGCAUACAGGGCUCCCGAGGUGACCUUGGGCCUCCCCAUAUCUGAAGCCAUCGACAUGUGGGGACUGGGAUGUGUCAUGGCAUACCUCUAUUUUGGCAGCAACCUCUUCCCUGGAAAAUGUUCACACCACACCAUGAAAGCUAUUUGCCAUCUGCUCGGUCAGCCGGGAGACCACCUGCUGAGUGCUGGGAAGAACACCUGGCAGUAUUUCAGCAGGGACGAGGGCUCCACCAAUCCAGGAUGGAGACUAAGGACAGCAGAGGAGUACGAGGAGGCAACCGGUGCUGAGCCCCAAAUUUCAGAGUGGGUUUUUGACAUUGUCGGAAAUUUGGAAGAAGCAGUGGAUAGCUUCUCCGAGGAAGAUGACGAUGUUGAAUAUAAAGACAGAAUGGCAUUUUUACACCUCCUGAAAAGGAUGCUGCAUCUGGAAUCUGAGAAGAGAUUCACACCUGGACAAGCCUUAAAACACUGUUUCAUUACAAUGGCUCACCUGGAAGAGGACAUGGACACCAGCUCUUAUGCAGAUGCUGCCUUUGAGUUCAUGACCGUCUGCCCCCUGGAUGAAUCUGAUGAUUCUCUCAGCGACUCCGAAGCUGACAUAGAGCCAGAUGACUCAAGUGAUGGAGUCUCAACCACUGAUGACACAGACAUUAAGGCAUACUUUUAUGAUCCUCCAUACACAGCUCGCAGGACUGACUUAAGGACAGAGCCAAGCACUGAUAGUUCAUGUUAUGGAGACACAGACCUUAAGGCUUACUUUUAUGAUCCUCCAUACACAGCUCGCAGGACUGGCUUAAGGACAGAGCCAGCCACCGCUGACUUGAAUGACCAUGAUGGAGGCUCAUGCAUUUUCAGUUUCAGUGAUGAAGACCGGGCAUCAACUGAUGACGACUCAUUUGAAAUCCCGGACACAGACAGUUCUAGUGAGGAAGAGUGGGUAGUUUUGGACCCCGUUAUGACUAUAAAGCCACUUCCAUUCAUUUUGAUCAAGUUCCACCCCGGACUGGCUUCAAGAGAGAAUCACCAACUGCAAGUUUCAGUGAGAAAGAUACACUCCCUAAGAGUUCCACUGAGGGACAUUCAGACGCCGACAUCUCCAGCAAUGAAGGGUGGAGUGAUGGAUAUUCAGACACCGACAUCUCCAGCAAUGAAGGGUGGAGUUCCAGUGAGGGACAUACAGACGCCGACAUCUCCAGCGAUGAUUCAGAUGCUGAUGGAAAUGAUGACGAAGCUUUCUCCACUCCUGAGGUCUUUGACAGGUCUGCGGUCACCUAACAUCCAGAAGACUCGGAGUCAGACACUGUUCUAGCUCCGCUGAUGUCUCCAUUAUUGGAAUUAAUAACAGAGACAUCAGCGAAGCUACUUAUGAUGACGGCCCUUCAGCGGCCACUGACUUACAUGAUGUAGUCAGAAACACUGCUACUCCCAUGAAGAGUCAGGCGCUGCUGCUGCUGCUACUUCCGGUUAUGACAAUUCAGACACUGCUUGUUUGCCUAUUGCCAGUGUUACCUAUGAUGACAGAGCUUCAGCUGCCGUUGGCUCCACUGGUGGAGCUUCAGCUGGCGCUGGUUCAGCCGACAAAGCUGCAGCCACCACUUAUCCAAACGAUGGUGCUGCAGCUGCCAUUACACCUGUUGAUCUGGACGAUGUCAACAUUGACCCUGAUGGAGCCCGGCAUGAGAAUCUGUUUCAGAGGAUCUGCAAAUUCUCCUGCUGAGUGAAAGGGGCAGUGAUUUCUUUCUUCAGACAUCAGACUGAUCUACCUUGAUUACAAAAAUUAGAAUCAGACAUA